AUGCAAAUUCGGUUCAGCGGUUUCGGUGACACUAGCAAAGACGAUCUCAAUUUUUUGGACGCGUACGCGAAGAUCGCCCAUUCUGGUGUGAGGGUCGAGGGCGCUACGCUUUGGUCUUCGCUGGAUUUAUCACAGCAGCAACACUGUAGCACCUGUACAGCUCACGACGCAAGAGGUCAUGAUUUCUUGCUGCUGUCAUCCAGCACCCUAAGGAUGGGGUGCAAGCCAGACAAAAGGUUGCGGCAAGCACAUCGAGCUCGGGGCACAGUAUCGCUCUUUGUUCUCCUCUGCUGCUGGAAUGCCAGGGUCUACGGACAGACUCAGGAUGAAGCCGUAAACAGUCUCCCAGCAAAAGUGAACCUGCGAGGGGCAGGAAGCCUAACCCUAGAACCAGCCCUGAAAGCAGAUGCGCGGAACACUUUGUCAAGGGAAGAUGCUGAUCCCAGCAGGGGAGAGACCGCCGGCGGAGCGGUCCUCCAGUCUACUGAGGCGUUUUCAGCAGAGGCAUCGUCAAUCGUCAAUCCUGCAAAGGCCCCCCCUUUGAGGCCCCAUGUGGCCCCCGUGACAGUAGCGUUCUUGACCAUUCUCAUGGCUCUUGCGACAGGCCUUGGAUCAGUCCCUUUCUUUUUCCUGGACAUGAAGGGGAGGGGCUAUGGAGGCAUUUGCAAUGGGAUGGCCUGUGGGGUAAUGCUGGCAGCCAGCUUUGGACUGCUGCAUGAGGGGGAAUCAUAUGGAGGGGCAGAAUGCGUGGUCCUGGGAGUCCUUUUGGGUGGACUGUUCAUUCUAGGCAGUCAGAAGUACAUGGCCCAGUUUGGGGAGGUCAAGCUGAUGUCUCUGGAAGGUGUGAAUGCGCACAAGGCUGUACUCAUCGUAGCCAUAAUGACUCUGCAUGCGUUCGGGGAGGGGGCGGGAGUCGGGGUUUCAUUCGCUGGGCCCCGGGGGCUGCCGCAGGGUCUCUUGGUGACAAUUGCAAUUGCGGUCCACAACAUCCCCGAGGGCCUCGCUGUGAGCAUGGUGCUGUCGUCCAAAGGCGUCAGUGCAAAGCGGGCCAUGCUCUGGAGCAUUAUAACCAGCCUCCCGCAGCCCCUGGUCGCAGUUCCCGCCUACAUGUUUGCCGAGACAUUCACCAAGUUCCUGCCGCUGUGUAUGGGGUUCGCGGCCGGGUGCAUGAUUUGGAUGGUCUUUGCAGAGCUGCUCCCUGAUGGCUUGGAGGAGACCAGCCCCACUGCUAUCGCGGCCUCGGCAACGAUCUCCAUUGCCUUUAUGGAGGCGCUCAGCGCAGGCAUGCGAAACAUGGAGCAAGGCUCAGCCGUCCACGGGCGCUCCCCUUCCACCCCCCUCCUCUGGUCGCUCCUCUUCGGCGUGGGGCCUGCUUUCGGGGGCCUUCUUGUUGUGCUGGCGCAAAGAGUGAUGCGGUUCUCACAGGCGUUUAUGAUGGGGGGGGCGGCGGGCCUUAUGCUCGCACUUGGGGCCGUCCGGCCUUUUCAGUUGCUAUGGGGUUCUGGACUCCCCUCAGUGACCGUUGCGAUCUUUUUUGGGAUGGGGGCCGUCAUGUUUGGGGUAGUUGGACAUUGGGUUGUUGGACGCGCUGCUCAUAAGAAGACAGAUGAGGACCUGGAAGUGCUGAAAAGCGAUGGAAAAACUUUGGACACGCCGGUAUCCAAGGCGGCGAUGCUAGGGGUGACGGCUAUUCUUCUCCAUGCGUGGGUAGAGGGUUUGGUGCUCGGGGUUGCGGCCCUCCUGGCAGAGGGCAACAUCGGCUUACACAUGCUCGCUCCGGUGGUGCUGCAUAGUUUGCCGCGGGGGGCAGCUAUUGCAGCGAUAGUCAGUGCUCUUAGCAAGAGUUAUCGAGGAGCUCUUCUAAGCGCCGCAUUGUCGGGUUUUGCGGGGCCUGCAGGAGCGGUUACGGCUUUGGUUAUGGGGUUGCGUCACUUUCAAUCGCUAGACGGUAUGAUCGUGCUCUCAAGCGGAGGAUUGGUGUUGGCGGCAUGGAAGUAUCUGCUGCCCAGAGCCUGGAGGUUAGAUACGAGAAGAACGUUGAUGGGGCUCUUAAUAGGAGCAGUUUUUGGUGUGAUGAGUUUUUUUGGCACGCAUGUAUUAUGUUUAUAUACGUUUCUAUGUGUUGCUGCUCCAGAUGCAGUGACGUAA